GAGUUCAACGAAACGACAGUUCAUCAGCAGACCAGCGGCGGGGGCACAACAACUGCUGCAUGUGAAGAGGUGUUCGCGACAAUUCAUAUGGAAACUGAGCAGAUGCUUGCUGACGUGGAUGACAACGAUAGCGGUGCACGAGGUAACAGCGUUGAGAUAGAGAAGGUGGGUGGAGAGAGAAACGAGGAAGAUGUUGGCAGUGAGGGUCCUCACAGUGGAUGCAUUGUCACAAAUGCAAAUGUGAGAAAGACAAUGGCAGGAGAUAGAUACCCGUACUAUGUGAAUUGGGUGCCAGGUCGUGUUCAGGCAGGUAUCGUUGGAGGUGUGCAUUGCUUUGCUUUCAAGGUUGUUGAUCAGUGGGUUGCUGUUCCUGCCCCAAAGAAAGAGACAUGGCGUAACGUAUGUCUGUCAUUUAUCUAUGAGAGAGUGUUGAGGCUGAAUGAUGGGGCACCGACUGACGAUGCAAGUGGAUACUCAUUGGAGAUGUACUGUGUUCUACAGGCAAAGGGUGAGUUGCGGCUAAACGAUUUCCUAUAUGACAACUUUGACUGCGGACAGCAGUGGGUGUUGGGUGGCCAGCAACGCAAGGGGGGGAUGCCAGUCAGCCAGGACGACGCAAGAAGGGAUCCUCGGUGGGGUUGGAUGCCAUCAGCAAUCCCAUUUGAAUACGGCCGUGUUAAGAUGCAAGUGCGUGAUAUGAUGGGCAAUGUGUGGAGCAUGCAUUACGUGAACGACAUGUUUUCCUUCCGUCAUUUGGACAGAGAAGCGACUGCAGACGAAAAGGAGGCGGUGACAUGCCGGCCGCGCGAUGCACUCAUCUUCGACCCGCCAGUUGGCAAUCCUGUCGAGUUAGCCCUGGCUGAAGGAACGGUGUUUGGUUGUGAGAAGAGCAUCACAUAUGUCCACGUAAGGGGGAAAGAAGCCACAUUUGAUGGCAUCUGUAUGGACGUAUGGGACCAUGUGGCAAUGCGAAAGGAUGUGGUUGCAGCCAGUAACAUUGCGGCCCAUGUGAUUCAAGAAGGGCAGUUGUACCAUCAUGUGGGUCGUGACAUGUAUGGGUACCAUGUGAAUUGGGCGAGGACAACUCUUAAAGAGGUGAUGCAAUACGCGGAGGAGGGCAUCCACGAUGACGACGGGGAGCUCCGACUACUCACGGAGAGAGUGUCGAGUUACUUCGAUGUCAGAGUGAACAUUCGUGCAAGCAUCACUGCGAACGGAGAGGAGUCACUCAGAGCACGGAUGCUAUUGGCACGGUUCAUUGAGGCGCAUGAUUUGCGUGUAGACAACACUGCUGAUAGCAGUGCAUACAGUUUGAGAAAAGUGGUUGGUUGGAUGUGCACAGAAGGGAUGUCCGAUGAAGGCGACGUGGAUAUGACAAAGCAGCAGAAGGGUGGAAUAUACAUGCCAGCCGAUUUCAAACAGAUGUUGAUGACACAGACGAAGAAAUGGGGAAUGCUUGUUUAAGGUUCUAAGGACGAGAUGAAGAGCGGUGCAACAGAAAU